AUGAUGUAUCAAUGUUGUUUAAUUGCACUAAUGAUAGCGCACUGUGUAUCAUCACCGGAUCAGACGGAGCGGAGGGAUCCCCAGCACAGGCGGCCAGCGUUUGCCGAUGACAUCCAGAACGGGAGCCAGAUUGAACCGUUCUCAGGGCACAGAACGGGCACAAAACAAGGCCAUUUGUCUGUUGGAGAACAGCGAGCCAUUGUUGGUGCGUCCGACAUACAACCGCUCAUCGAACAGGACGUGUACGACGGUGACGAAGAGGAGCCGGAGGGUGACGAGGGCGAGGUAGAUGACAGGCGAGCGGUGACGGUCGACGACAGUGGGUACGAAGAAGGGUACGACAACGCAAAUGUCAUUAUUCAUGAUGACCCCGUACGGUUACCGACUCAUCAGAGCAGUGUGAGGCUUAGAUCUACAUCCGAUCCCGCCGGCGGGUUGAAGGAGCUCAAUGGCCUGGAGGCAAUCGAAAACUCGUUCAGUUCAACCAGUGCAAAUCAGCACCUCCUACACCAACGCCCGAGGGCUUCCCAACAGCAGCAGCAGCACAGCUCAGCAGACGAUAUCAUCCAACCACCGUCGCCUUUGCUGAUUCUGUCUACUGACGCUGACGGUGCUAAUUCCUUGUCUACGACGGAUUUAGCAGGGCUAACAGUAUCCACAGCAAUGGAAGUGGAUGCAGCGCUCGGGGCGGUAAGCCUCAACGAAUCUCUCUCGAACCAGCGAGCUACGCGUAGGCCAACAAAUGCACAAGCCGCUGCAAUGGUUCAAAAUAUGGCCUACGUCAGCACGCCCGUGCACAUGGCGGCAGCUAUUCCGCACAACGAAGCUUCUAAGCUUCCACAAAAUCUUCCACAAGUACAACUUCCAACUACUGGCGGACCUGGUUCCGAUGUAUAUCCCGACAUGGCCAGCGGUACGCUAGCGCCAUUUUCAACGGUCGCCUCACAACGACAUAGAACGAUCAAUUCGAUGAACCUUAAUCCGACCACUCCGGCGAUGGUCGUAAAACCAGUCGGUGAACAUCGAAAGUUGCUAAAGAGCACCGGUCCCAUCCUCAACUACGUGUUCGACCAUCAUCCUCCGUACUACAAGUCGAACUACUAUAACGCGAGGUAUGGACCGCACUUCGAAACCGAUAACGUCACCAAUAUCACUGUACAGAACGGUGACACACUCUUCCUGAGCUGCAGAAUAAGUUUACUUCAAGAUAAAACGGUAUCGUGGGUACGGCGAAAAAGUGGCGAAACGGCCCUACAGCUUCUCACUGUUGGAAAGCAGACCUACUCGGGAGACUCUCGAUAUCAGAUCGAGUUUCAGUACCCCAACAACUGGCGACUCAAGAUAUCGCAGGCCAACAAGAAUGAUGAGGGAGUGUACGAGUGCCAGAUAUCGACGCAUCCGCCAAAAGUUAUUAUUUACUACCUGCACGUUAAUGCCCCUGAGGUGCUCAUCGUGGACGAGGAAGGUGGGCCACUAUACGAUAAGUACUACGAGGUUGGCUCAACGAUAAAGCUGAUGUGCAAAAUCCGGCACAUCUCGAUGCUCCGGUCGGUCGUUUAUUGGAUACACAACGAAAACAUCCUCAACCACGACACGACACGGGGCGGCAUCAGUGUAAAAACGAAUUUAACCAGCGUCGGAGCCAAUUCGACACUUUUUGUAGCGAAGGUCAACCGGCAGGAUUCCGGUAGUUAUACGUGUUCCAUCGGACCAAACCAACACUACUCCAUCUCCGUACAUGUGCUCAACGGUACCGCAAACCCGUACGGAAUCUAUCAGCGAUCGUGUGCCUUCUCCAUGAUACUGCAAGCCGUGGAUCUGUGGCUUGUCGUCAGGAGCUUUCUCGUUCUAUUGUUGAAGUUUUCCGUAAACAGAUAG